AUGGCCUUAAACAGCACAAUUAUAAACUUACUAUUGGCCUCAACAGCUUCUUCAGCUGGCCAGAACAUUAAUAAAUUACAACAAAUACCACAAUUGGUGAAUAGUUCCUUAAUCAUUGACAUAGUGCAAGGAUUACAUCAACGUUUAGAGUUUCAGAAUUUUGUGUUUUUUAUCUCUAAACAUUUGUUUGGAGAAUUGGAUUUCUUUCAUGGCUUUUGGCAGACUCUGCCCUUUGUACCGGUAACUAUUAUUGGAGAUAAUAACAGUUCGUUAAAGGGUUUGCUGAGUACGCCCUGCUUGUGUUUUAUAAUGACCACCGAAUGGCAGGAUCCUAUUAUGGAGUUGGCAGCCUUGAGUUUGAAAAGUAUACGUUAUUUUCGGACCAUGUUUGUGUUAUUUCCGGUGGAGGAAUAUAAUCAAGAUGAGGAUGAUAAAUUCCAAUUGGCAGAGUUUAAUUCACUUAAUGAAAAUAUACGUUUGUUGUAUGAAUGGGCGUGGCAGCAGCAGUUCCUGAACACCUUGCUAAUAACCAUUAACAAUAAUAUCUAUUUGUAUGAGCCUUUUCCCCAAGGAAAUGUGAUGAAUGUGACCUUGGAUUGGUCAUUAGAGGAUUUCUUUAGAGAUCAGAAGCUUGAUCUGAAAGGCUUUGAAAUUAUUACGCCCCUACGCUUUGAUCUGCCUCGGGUAUUUAGCUUGAGACGUUUUCCCAAUAAGGGUAGAAUCAGUAAAUUAAGUGGUUCCUCGGGUAAACUAUUUGGAGCCUUUAUAGAGCAUAUCAAUGGCACUUUCAAUGACCAGCUAAUACAUGAACAUGAAUUUGAGUUCUUCAAUAUGACUACAUUUAUAGUAAUGGUGGAGUCGCAGCAGCUGGAGAUAAGUGUACAUUCAUAUACCUCCAUGCAAACAGAUGAGGUGAGCACCAGUUAUCCGGUGGGUAUUAAUGAUUGGUGUUUAAUGGUGCCCUUUCGUAAUAGUUCUGCCCAGCAUACGAUUUUGCUGGAUACUUUGCAGCUAAGCACUUGGUUGCUGCUGGCAUUUGCUGCUGUAUAUAUCAUGCUGGGCAUAUGGCUGUGUUGCCCUAAACAAAAUCGGGACUUAAGUCUGGCAUUUUUACAAUCCAUAUGCUGCUUAAUGCAGUUGCCGCCUUUGAAAUUAAUGACUUUGCCUUUAAAGCGUUUAAAGUAUUUAUUUAUUGUAUUAUUUGUGGUGGGCUUUUGCCUUACCAAUAUGUAUCUGUCCAAAAUGGCCAGCUAUUUGACCGCCAACCGGCCUCAGCAACAAAUCAACACCCUACAGGAUAUUAUAUCAGCAAAUUUAUCCAUAAUGAUGUUGGAUUUUGAAUACCAGCUGAUAAUGCGCAUGAAUUAUACUUCCCGUUUUUUGGAUUUAAUCCUGCCCGUUUCUCCAGCUAAAAUGGACAGGCAUCGUCAAGUUUUCAAUACCAGCUUUGGCUACAGUGUUCCCUCGGAUAUCUGGAAUUUUCUAAACAGACAACAGCAGUAUCUGAAGCAGCCUUUAUUUCGUCUCUCUUCGGUAUGUAUGGGUCCGUUUUAUCAUGUGUUUCCUUUGCAAACGGACUCGUAUUUGCUAAAGCCCUUAAAUGAUUUUAUAGGGGAUGUUCGACAAACGGGUUUUAUAUACUUUUGGGAGAAUGAGGCUUUCUAUGAUGCUUUAUUUAUGGGUUAUGUUCGAAUGUUUAAGAUUGAUCAGGAAUUUAAAGCCUUAUCGUUAGAAUUCUUUAGUGCGAUUAUUAUUAUCUGGUUUUCGGGUUUGCUAUUGGCUUUAGUUAUGUUUGUAAUGGAAAUUAGGAGAGUGAAUUUGGCUAAGUUAAGCUUAAGAUUUAAGCGAAGAAAUGUAUGA